UGGCGAGAAUAAAGGAAUAAAGGCCCAAUGUUGACCCAUCAAUUUUUUUUUGAUCUCUCCAUUCUUCGUCCCUCUCUCACUCACCGCUUCUCUCUCUAAAAAAAAAAAUCAGCAUAUCUCUCCCUUCGUAAAAUCCGGCGUCACUUCGCCGUCGACCAUCACCAGGACCACCCUCGUCUCUCUAUUCAAUUUCUCUCUCUCACAAUAGCCUCUUUCUCUCUCUCUCUCACAACCCCCGGUUCCGUCCCAGCUCUGCAAGCAGCAGUGCGCGACUGCGCCGCGCCGCCGCUCUCGCCUAGCCUUCCCUGUUGCCCCGCCCCGCCUCCUUCGGCUGCGGCAACUUCGUCCGCUGACUCCGCAGUAGCAGCAGUUUCUAACGCCCAUUUCCGGUAUUGCAGCAUUAGUUGCUUUCUGCUAACGCUGAAACUUAACACUCCGAACGCCGUUCGCCUCCGCCGUCAUGGGAGAAGCUACAAGGUAUACUCUACCCGAGACCGUACGAUCAACGGUGUUCAAAGCAUCCGAGUCGUUGGAAGGCGCCUCCGCUAAAAUUGAGGGCUACGAUUUCAACAAGGGCAUCGACUACCAUGAGUUGCUCAAGUCCAUGGCCGUCACUGGGUUCCAGGCUUCCAAUCUCGGCGACGCCAUCCAGCUAAUUAACGAAAUGCUAGAUUGGAGGCUUUCUGAUGAGACUCCAGCAGAAGAUUCCAGCCAAGAGGAGAGAGAACCUGCAUAUAGAGACUCUGUGAGGUGCAAAGUGUUUCUUGGUUUUACUUCGAAUCUGACCUCUUCCGGCAUUCGAGAUAUUAUCCGCUUUCUUGUACAGCAUCGCAUGGUUGAUGUUGUGGUAACCACAGCAGGUGGUGUGGAGGAGGACCUUGUUAAGUGCCUUGCACCGACUUAUAGAGGCGACUUUUCUCUGCCUGGAGCUGUUCUACGCUCAAAGGGUCUGAACCGCAUUGGUAAUUUGUUGGUUCCUAAUGACAAUUACUGUAAAUUUGAGGAUUGGAUCAUCCCUGUUUUUGAUCAGAUGUUAGAUGAGCAAAAAUCUCAGAAUGUACUGUGGACGCCUUCUAAAGUAAUUGCACGUCUGGGGAAAGAAAUCAAUGACGAAACUUCAUACUUGUACUGGGCAUAUAAGAACAAUAUACCUGUUUUCUGCCCUAGCUUAACAGAUGGCUCACUGGGUGACAUGUUGUACUUCCACUCUUUCAAGAAUCCUGGUUUAGUAGUUGACAUUGUCCAAGAUAUUAGGGCAAUGAACAGUGAGGCUGUCCAUGCUGGCCCAAGGAAAACUGGGAUGAUAAUACUUGGAGGAGGGCUCCCCAAGCAUCACAUAUGCAAUGCAAAUAUGAUGCGAAAUGGUGCAGAUUAUGCGGUGUUUAUUAACACUGCACAAGAGUUUGACGGGAGUGAUUCAGGUGCUCGUCCAGAUGAAGCUGUGUCCUGGGGCAAAAUUCGAGGUUCUGCCAAGACAGUUAAGGUUCACUGUGAUGCAACCAUUGCUUUCCCUCUACUCGUUGCUGAAACCUUUGCGCAGAGAAAGGGAUUUGCUGAAACAAGCUAGGGCCGUAUCCCCUAAUCCGGCCACAUAGAUCAAGACAUGAUUUGACAGUGACUUGAUUAUAAAUUUUCUAUAUCCUGUUUGAUAUUUUUUCUUUUCCUGUGAUUUUGCUUGGGCUAUUGAAUGACAAUGUUACUGGUGAUUUUUUUCACGAGAUUGUCACUUUAUAUUAUAACUAGUUUUUCACCGGUGCAA